CCACAACGCCCAGCAGAGCCCCGAAGCCCUUUGAGAAGACCGGCUCCUGCUCGCCGCGCCUGACCCCUGACCUGAGCUCUCCCGGCAGGUCAGACCAUGAAGCUGAAGGAACUUGAGAGGCCUGCUGUCCAAGUGUGGAGCCCCGCCAGCCAGUACCCUGUAUAUCUGGCUACAGGAACAUCUGCCCAGCAGCUAGAUGCCUCCUUUAGCACAAAUGGCACAUUGGAAAUCUUUGAGGUUGAUUUCAGGGACUCUUCUUUGGACUUGAAACGCCAGGGAGUCCUUUCUGCCUCAAGCAGGUUUCACAAGCUGAUCUGGGGGAGCUUUGGCAGUGGGCUUCUGGAAGGCUCCGGGGUUAUUGCAGGCGGCGGGGACAAUGGCAUGCUUACUCUAUACAAUGUGACCCACAUCCUGUCUUCGGGAAAGGAGCCUGUGAUUGCCCAGAGACAGAAGCACACAGGGGCUGUCAGAGCCCUUGACUUUAAUCCUUUCCAGGGCAACCUCCUCGCCUCAGGGGCCAAUAAUUCUGAAAUCUUCAUUUGGGAUUUGAAUAACCUGAGUGUGCCAAUGACCCCAGGAUCCAAGUCACAGUAUCGUGAGCAGCCCCCAGAAGACAUCAAGGCACUCUCUUGGAACCGGCAAGUUCAACAUAUUUUGUCUUCUGCUCACCCCAGCGGCAAGGCAGUUGUGUGGGAUCUCAGGAAGAAUGAACCUAUCAUCAAAGUCAGUGAUCACAGCAACAGGAUGCACUGCUCAGGCCUGGCCUGGCACCCAGACAUAGCCACUCAGUUGGUGCUAUGUUCAGAAGAUGACCGCCUCCCAGUGAUUCAGCUGUGGGACUUGCGCUUUGCUUCCUCGCCCCUGAAGGUGCUGGAGAGCCAUAGCAGGGGUAUCUUGUCAGUGUCGUGGAGCCAGGCUGAUGCUGAGCUGCUGCUCAGUAGUGCCAAGGACAACCAGGUGUUGUGCUGGAACCUGGGGAGCAGCGAGGUGGUGUACAGGCUGCCGGCACAGAGCAGCUGGUGCUUUGAUGUGCAGUGGUGCCCUCGGGACCCCCCAGUGUUCUCUGCUGCCUCCUUUGACGGCUGGAUCAGUUUGUACUCUGUCAUGGGUAGGAGCUGGGAGGUCCAGCAGAUGAGACAGGCUGACAAGAUCUCUUCUUCCUUCAGCAGAGGCCAGCCUCUCCCACCAUUGCAGGUGCCUGAGCAGGUAGCCCAAGCAUCACUGAUACCUCCUCUGAAGAAAGCUCCCAAAUGGAUGAGAAGGCCAGCAGGCGUUUCAUUUGCUUUUGGGGGGAAGCUGGUUACCUUUGGCCUUCCUAGCACCUCUGCCCAUCAGGUGCCACAGCCUUGCCUCCACCUCGUCUUCAUCAGUCAAGUCACCACAGAAUCUGAAUUCCUGAUGCGGUCAGCUGAGCUGCAGGAGGCCCUGGGAUCCGGAAAUCUCCUCAAUUAUUGUCAAAACAAGAUCCAGCGAGCGUCACAGCAAAGCGAAAAGAUGCUUUGGCAGUUCCUAAUGGUGACCUUGGAGCAAGACUCCAGAAUGAAAUUCCUAAAGCUGUUAGGAUACAGUAAAGAUGAGCUUCAGAAGAAGGUGGCCACUUGGUUGAAGAGCAACUCAGGGCUGGGUGAGAGCCCUCAGCCCAAGGGGGACGACCUCAGCAGUCGCAGACAACAGACCUUCCACAGCCAGGCCUCCAAACACACCACAGAGGAAGCCUCUGCCUCCUCAACCUUCUUUGAUGAGCUGGUCCCUCAGAACAUGACUCCCUGGGAGAUCUCCAUCACAGAAGAUGCGGAUGGGCUGCUGAGCCAGGCUCUCCUGCUCGGUGAACUGGGCCCUGCUGUGGAGCUGUGUCUGAAGGAAGAACGCUUUGCUGAUGCCAUUAUCUUGGCCCAGGCUGGGGGUGCAGAUCUACUGAAGAAAACACAGGAACGCUACUUGGCCAAGAAGAAAACCAGAAUCUCCUUGCUGCUCGCCUGUGUUAUACGGAAGAACUGGAGGGAUAUGGUGUGCUCCUGUAGCCUGCAGAACUGGAGAGAGGCACUGGCCUUGCUGCUGACAUACUCAGGGCCAGAGAAAUUUCCUGAGCUCUGUGACAUGCUGGGUGCUCGCAUGGAGCAGGAGGGCAGCAGGGCACUCACCUCCGAAGCCAGACUCUGUUAUGUGUGCUCAGGGAAUGUGGAGCGGCUGGUGGAGUGCUGGGCAAAAUCCCGCCAGGCUUCAUCCCCCAUGGCUCUACAGGACUUGAUGGAGAAGGUGAUGGUCCUAAACAAGAGCCUGGAGCUAAUGCAGAGUCCUGCUGGCAUGAGCCCAGGCCCUGCCACCACCUACCGGGUCACUCAGUAUGCCAACCUCCUGGCAGCCCAGGGCAACCUGGCCACUGCCAUGAGCUACCUACCCAGUGACUGUGCUCAGCCACAAAUUCAGCAGCUGAGAGAUCGGCUUUUUCAUGCCCAGGGUGCUGAUGUCGUGGGCCAACAGUCUCCUCCUUUCCCCUUUCCCCAAGUCAUUGUGGGACCUACCCCCCACUCUAAAGAGACAUCGUCUUGCAAAUUGGGAUUCCAGCCUUCUCACCAGGUUCCCACUCCAUCUACAAGGCCAAGGAUUUUCACACCUCAGUCAUCACUAGUGAUGCCCCUGGCACUGUCCUGUCCUGGCCCUUAUCAAGGCUCCAGAAUGCAGAAUGUACGAGACUACAGGGCACCUGAGCCCCAGGUAGCCCAGCCUUUAACCUUGGGCCCUGGGGUAAGGCCUGCUUUACCUCAGCCACAGCUGUUAAGAGGGCAGAGGGCACAAGCUUCUAACCCCGUGGGAUUCCCUGCAACGUGGCCUCUUCCUGGGCCCCCUCCGCCCACGGCACCCUCUGGAAUCAUGCAGCCUGGCUCUGUCUGCCUGCCUGAGGCUGCUCGACUGCUCCCUUUCCUUCCUGUGAGACCCCCAGGUCUCGGCCCUGUGAGCUCCCAGGCCCCAGCCCCUCCUGUCAGCUUCCCUGCAGCACACCUUCCGUGGGGACCAGGUGCUCCGUGCUCUAGCACCGUCCAGACCACUGGCAUCCUGACCCCUCAGCCAGGACCUCAAGAUCCCUUGACAAAUGCUCCAGCUCCCAGGGCAAGCCUCCAGAGGAGACAAGUGCCAGAGACAUUUAUGUCCCCAGCACCAAUUACUGCUCCAGUUAUGAGCCUCACUUCGGAGCCAGUAGGGAUCCUUUCCUCACAGGCCCCUGUCCCCGGUGCGGGUCAUGCUGCCCCUGGAGCACCAGGAGAACUCGGCCUGCAGCAACAGCCACCAGAGAAGAUGGACAGGAAGGACCUGCCCCCAGAACAUCAGUGCUUGAAAACCAGCUUCGAGGCACUUCUACAGCGCUGCUUCCAGUCUGCCACUGACUUAAAGACCAGACGGAAGCUGGAGGAGGCUGCCCAACGUCUUGAAUGUCUAUAUGAGAAGCUCUGCAAGGGGACGCUCUCGCCUCAUGUCCUGGCUGGGCUCCACGAGGUUGCCCGAUGUGUGGAUGCAGGAAGCUUUGAGCAGGGCCUUGCAGUGCAUGCCCAGGUGGUGGGCUGCAGCCGCUUCAGCGAGGUCUCCAGCUUUAUGCCUGUUCUGAAGGCUGUUCUCACCAUUGCUCAUAAGCUGCACGUCUAAGCCAGGCAGCCUCCGGAACCAGGAGGUCACUUCUAUUGUUACUCAACUCUUCUCCCUGCAGAAAAGGGAAUUUCGGAACAGAUUCUUCAUUUUUCCCAGCCCUCUUUCUUGCUGCUGGGUAUGUGAUGCUGUGGGCUUGGCUCCAAACCUGCAGCGUGCCUGCUUUCUACCCCUGUGUGCCUGGCCCUCUGGGGUCUGCCCAAGGCCUGCUCAGCCUCUGGGGCAGGGCACAGAGCCGCUCUGCACUUCCCCUAUGCUGUACUCUGACAAGACCCAGGGCAGGGUAUCUUCUCCCUUGGAGAGACUCUGUUUAAGUAGCUUCUGGGAGGGUGAGCAGGAGCCAAGUCUACCUCUGCAAUACCCAUCUUUUAGGUCUUUUGUUUUUCUCCUUCUGUGGGUUAUGAGCCUGACUUUACCUGCUACUUGCCUCUGACUUCGUCUUUCUCUGAGCCCCACAGGCUGGAGUAGAGUUGACUGUUCAUCCUUUGAACAAGUCAUGAACCCGAGGGAAGGGUGCUGAGCAUAACCAAGAGAAGGAACUUUGGCUCUUGUCAGAAGGAAGAUCUCAUCUGCCAGCAUUAUUAAGAGUGGGUGAGGUCAGGUGGAAGGUAGAAGGGGUGCACUGCCUUUUGCUGGGAGCUGUCCGAGCCUAUGAGAUAGGAGCAGAGGGACCACUGCCUAUGGGGAAUGGCCCCUCACUUGACCCGUCUGAGCCCUGUUCUGAGUCAGGGGUCCAAGGCCCUAGACCGUUGGUUCUGUGAGGGUAAGCCCGGCUCUGGAAUAGGUACCACAUUAACAAAAGACUCUCUUUUAGCACUGCUCCUCAAGGGUUGGAGGCUCUUGUCCCACUCAGCCCCCACAUGUCUCAAGGCUGCCUCCUCUGGCUGCACUUUCAGGGCUGGAUGCUGCAUUGAAGCACUGAUGUACUUAAUGUGCAAUAAAGCUAUUGAUUUGGUUUCCUCA